AAAUAAUUAUUUAAAUAGCAUUUACACCGACACGACUACAUGUUGCAAAGCGUAAAACAAGAAGCGCGAACAAAGUGUACGUGAAUGGAGAAUAAAUAGAAAAAAAAGUGUUGCAUUACGUUGAAAGAUGGGUUGCAGCUGCAACGUGCGACCCGUGUUUAGAGUAGGACAAAGUAAAGCGGACAAAACAAUAGUCGCGGGAAAAGGAAAGAGAAUAUUGGAAGCUAUAAAACAAGGUGAUAUUUACAUUUAGAUGCGAUCGUAACCCAUAUCAUUACCUUCUUUCCAAACCCUCUCUCCUUCUCAUCUUUCUCCCUCCUCAGGAGCAUAUACAUGUAUUACAUAGGCACACCUUCACACCUACACACCAACACUCACUCAUGCACACAUUGGAUACAUCAGCUGGGAAGUGAGAGAUGGAAAGGAUAGCAAACAUUGUUGUUGGAGACCAUAUCGUGCUAUAGUUUGGCCCCAUUUCGCACGUGCUAAUUGUAGCGUCCUGUAUGCGCCAUUCGGUUAAAGUAUGGAAUGAACGAAGCGAUAGGAGAAAAAAUAAUAAACAAGCAUACACACAAUAAUUACCACGUUCUGCAUUCCAUGUUCGAAAAAUGGAAAAAGAAACCUGGGCAAGAAAUAUCUAGAGAGAAUUAGAACAUGAGAAAGCUUCAAAAGUAAAAUUACAAUCUAAACUUAAAACAAACACUUGCGCCACCUUCACCGUCAUGCUUCUCUUAAGUACAGUUUCACGUAAUGUCUAGCUACAGCGGGGAAAAUAGUAAUGCGUUAAGCCAGCAACACAAAAGAUAAACUAAGUUAAACGAUAAAUUAUGGCAAAAAAAAGAAACUAUCAAACAAUACCAAGGAGAAGAUCAAGCGCGCAUGGUGCUGCGGUAGAAAGACAGAAGCGGAAGAAGAGAAGAGCUAAAAGAAAUAUUCAAACGAUACGCAAUGCGUGAAUCAAAUCGCAAAGUAGUUUAGUGUUAUGUAAAAAAAAAUAAAAACAAACAAACAAAUAGAUCUAACGCUAUCACGACAGACACACACACAACAGCAUACCCGUAUGGAUGAGCAAAUACAAAACAAAGAAACACUGUAAACAAAUAAAAACAAAACCCAUGCAUUUGCACGAACAGCAGGUUAGGCAGGUAAACAAAGUUAAGUAAAUGUAUUUAAUAAGCGCGUCUGUAGCACAAUAUAUAACUUUACUGUAACGGAACAGGAAAGCAGGAAGUAAGCAGUUCGCCUGAGGUGGGUAGGAAAAGCUAACAGUGAAAGAAAAUCAAAGCUGAAACGGAAGUCGCUACGAUGUUACAAUAUAGAUCGUUAUUGUUAGCAUGUGACCGGGGGUAGGCGAAGGAUGCGUUACGAUUAUCUGGGUACAGCUAUCGCAAUCACUAUCCACGAGAAAAGAAAGCGCUACAAUCAUGCAAAUGUAACAUGAAACAGAUAUGUAAUGCUGUUUAUUCUGGGAGGAAAUGGAGGUUGCGUAUUCGAUACGGAUCACGAUGGCACGCGCUGGUGUGUUGUUACUUACUUCAAUUGCAAUGCGUACAAUCUUCUCGCACUGCGUGAGGCGCAGUACGUUCCUGUGCGUUAAUCUCUCGUUAGUCUCUUGCGCCGUUUUCGUCCCUGUUCUGCUUCCGUCUUUGCUGAAUCUAAAAAUUGGACAAUUCAAUCGGAAUCUAUUGCACACGUUUUGAGGAAGCGCAAAGCAAACAUGAACAUUAUAAUUCGGCUAAAAGGCAUAACGUGAAAAGUGUUGUGUUUAUCUCAAACAACGUUUAUCAACCGAAAAGAACAGCCCAGUGAAGAAUUGAAAGUUAUGGAAUAAUUAAACAAAUAAAAGGAUAACCAUGCGGACUGUAGAGAGCGCGAACGGAACCACACGUGAAGCACAUACCAUACCAAACAGAAAUAAAAUCAUUCGUUUGUAAGUGAAGCGAUACUUAAACAAGCGCAAUGAAAGAUAUCUUGUGAAAACUACUGCUUGCAACAAAUUGAACUAGAAAGAAAUUGUUUAAAUUUAAUACAUCUCGCGACGAAGGUGAAGUAGGAGCGGCAACAGCUGGAGCAGCAUCGGCAGCAUCAAAAUAUGCAAAUAAUUGAAAACUAGUAGCACACACAAACACACACGAAGCUAUCGUGAGUAAACUGUAAAUAUGAUGUUUGCGUAAAAGUAAUGCGAAAGUCUCACAUUUGCAACAGCCAUUCGGAUGGAUGUUUAGCGGCAUUCGUCAGAGCUCUAGCAUACGUUGCGCACCACGCGGUGAUCAUGGUAGCAGCAAGAUCAGCAGAAACAAUAAUUCAAACUACUAACGACCCUUCUCACCCGCAGUACCAGUCUGGCAAGCGUAUAGGAUAACAAUAAUAUCAACCCAUUAAUAACAGCCAAAACAGCAAACAAUGAUGAGGUUGAGAUUGUUUGAAAGAUCGUCUUUAACUGCUGCAAACCCCUAGAGGUAGGCUAGUAAGGGUAAGGGGCUGUAUAAAAGAAAAGAAGUGAAACAAAAAAUGCGAACUCAAUGCAGAAAACAUUCGAAGCCCGUCGAUCAAAAUGAUAUAUUAUUAGGUGACGAGUAUGUGUGUUUGUGUGUACAGAAUACAGGAGCUGAGGUGCACCCGAGGGAAAAGCCAUUCUGUUGCGGCACGAGUUCAAGCGAGGUAACAGGCAUGAGACAACCAAACGACCACAAAUGUUUACCCACCAUUAAUUAAAUUGAACAUAUUUACAAAAUAAUAUAUUAUUGAACAACUUAUUCAUUACCACGGAAAUUGCCGACGAAAAUGAUCGGGAGCAAAAGAAAAGCUCGUUUGCGAAACGACCCAGUACAGUGGCAGUGAGUUUGGAACAGCAGUAACGGAACGCAGAAUAGUAUACCCCUACCGCGGAUAGUAUUCUUUCUUAUCCACGUGUGUCGUGGCACUAGGGAUAAAGUUAUACACUACCCUGACACUAACCAACAAUCACAAAAAUACACUCAACAGACACACACACACACACUCUCACACACACACACACACACACACACACACACACACACACACACACACACAUAAUACUCCUCUAAUUACUAUAUCGGUCAUCAGUCCAAUUUUUCGAACUCGAUCCUGUUUUGACGCGAAGUCUGUAAUGUUCAGGCUUUAAAGGAGUGCACACCAAAUAAUCCCCCCGGGUCAAACGUUUGGUUCACACAGACAAAAAAGGAAGAAGGAAUAACAGGUACAGCAAAAAAAAACAACAAUAAAAAAUCUCGUAACAACCAUUGUACCACAAAGCGACAGACAUGCAACGUAAAACACAGACUAUUCACAAUCAAAUUGCAACAAACGGAACAAAACACAUACAGAAAAUCCAAACAAAAGAACAAAUAAAUUAAUAAACCUUCUCCUCCAUACUUUCAACAUACCAUCUACUAGCGCGUUAUAUAAAAGAAAGGGAGAGAGAGAGAGAGAGAGAGAGAGA